AUGAAGGCUAUUCCAGACCCAAUCAGAAGUGGGUCUCCACCACAUUUGGAGGGACAAGAUGCUGAUGUUCACGUCUUCCUUCCUCAGGACCAGCUGUCUGCUGACAUGUAUAACUUCUCCUCCAAGGAGGGCGACUACGCCCGAUACUAUGUUAUUUUGGUAGAGGCCCAGGCUGACUACCACAGGAGGUCUCUGGCUGCUCUGGAAGGAGUCCUGCCGACCAUACAGGCACAGAACGACUCAUGGAUGGAGAAGCCUGCGUACGGCACGGCUCUGGAAGAGCACCUGAAGAGGAGUAACCGUGAGAUCGCCCUGCCCUUAGAGGCCUGUGUCAUGAUGCUGCUGGAGACUGGCAUGAAGGAGGAGGGUCUGUUCCGAAUCGCUGCUGGGGCCUCCAAACUAAAGAAGCUGAAGGCAGCGCUGGACUGUUCCACCUCCCAGUUAGAGGAGUUUUACUCCGACCCCCAUGCUGUAGCUGGAGCCCUGAAGUCCUACCUCAGAGAGCUGCCUGAACCCCUGACCUUCUCACUGUAUGAUGAGUGGACACAAGCCUCCAAUGUGUCUGACCCAGACAGGAGGCUUCAGGCUUUGUGGGUGGCAUGUGACGGUUUGCCAAAGAACCACAAGACCAACUUCAGGUAUCUGGUAAAGUUCCUAGCCAAGCUGGCCCAGGACAGUGAGGUCAAUAAGAUGACUCCCAGUAACAUCGCCAUAGUGCUGGGACCCAACCUGCUCUGGUCCAAGACUGAGGGGACUCUGGCAGAGAUGGCUGCUGCUACCUCGGUCCAUGUGGUGGCCAUCAUAGAACCCAUCAUCCAGCACGCUGACUGGUUCUUCCCAGAUGACGUGGACUUUAACGUGUCGGGUAUGUUCGUGGCCAUGACCCCUGAACCUGACCCAGGCCCUUUCGAGAGGCGACGUCCCGGAAGCCUGGUGGACGGGGACACUCCCCGCAAAGACAGCCCCACUCCUAACAAACUGGGUGACCCCACCCCCACCCCACGUAGAGCUGCCACUCUAAAUAGAAAACAGCACCAUCAUGCUUCUUCGCCCGCCUUCCAGCCCCUACCACCGCCAGAGGCUGGAGGAGUCACCCAGACCCAGCCUGUGGCUGAGCCCCAGACCCAGGAGCAAACUCUGUGUGGGAGUACGGAGGCUGGCCAGCCUGGCCUGGCUAGGGAGGGUGGGGGUCUGGGUGGGGCACCAGAGGUCCAGGUGGCCACAGGGCAGCAGCCUCUGCCUCUUACCCAGCACAGCGCUGAGGAGAAUAGCCCUGGCCAUGACCCCACCACCACCCCCGCUCCCCUGAGGAACGGCUCCCAGCUCACCGUGGGGAUGCCCCACUCCCAGGCAGGAUGCAGGGGUCCUAGCCCCCACAUUGGACGCAGAGGUACUAAGAAGCAAGCCCCUGCCCCACCCAAACAGGCCAACCCCUUUGUAGCUAAUAUCUCUACCCUUGGCCACAGUCUCGCGCCUAACAACCCCUACCCCCUCCUCGCUCCACGACGCCACUCUGGUAAAGAAACCCCCAUCCACGCCCCCUGCCACCCGCCCCCACAGCCCCCUCAGUCUCAGGGGGAUUCAGACCCCUCUCCGCCCCACACCCCCACACCCCCUAGCACCCCUCCUCACGAUGGUCCAACCUCCACCCCCUUCACCCCUCUAUCCUCCUUCCACUCUGGCUCCCUCCCUCGCCCCACCAGGCCGGCUCCGAAGCCACGUUCCCGACCUACAGCCCCGCCCCGUCAGCCGCCCAGCAAUGAUGACAGCAACGGGCCCAGCGGCUCUGCCUCCAAGGUCAUCACCGAUGCCAGCCUGAACUUGAAGGGGAUUGGCCGAGCCCUUAUCCCUGAAAUUAUGGUGGACAUACAAGGGGAGAGCUCUGCUGGUCAUGAGCCUUCCCCCUAUUCAACCCCUCCCUUGGACCCUGAGAUCCAAUCAGAGAGCACCAGUCUGUGAAAGGGGGAGGGAUCACUCCAACAGACAUCACCAAAAAACAUUCUGCCUCUGCCCAAUUGGCAAUAUGCUAGCCAUUCAUCCUAUCGCCGUAGUUGGAGUCAGCCCUGAGCCUCUACAGACUGGACCAUACAAACUCCUUGCUCAUCAAUCCAGUGAGCAAUAAUAAACAACCCCUAGCCAACAUUACUCUCUACAACAAUACAGGGACUAGACAACCUUCUCUUACUCCAUAAUCCAAACUCAACACUGUUGGCACCCAGCACACCCUCAACACCAACACCCUUCCAUCCAUAAACCAUCAACAGUAUUGGAACUGAACCACAGGAUCACCCCAUGUUCACUGAACCUUCGUUCUGCUAAACAUGAUAGGAAGUUGGCCUGCAGCUAGAGAUGCCACUGUAGCUUUCUAUUGAAUCAACCAAGCCUGUACUGGGAC